AUGUUGAGCUUUGCAUUUUCGGGAUUGACAUAUUUUGGAAUACUUCUAGAUGUUUAUUCACAUCUUUUCGAGGCAACAGGAUCAACAAAUGGUGUUCGCUAUACAUCUCCAUCAGGUAUUCAACAAUUACACGGACAAGUUGAUGAGGUUAUGAAUGUUAUGAAAAAUAAUAUUGCAUUAGAAUUAGAACGUGAUGGAGCACUUCAUGAUAUAGAACAUAAAUCAAGUAUUUUAACUGAAGGAGCUCGAGACCUUUAUCUUGGUUCAAAAGAACUUAAAAAGAAAUAUUGGUGGAAGAAUCAAAGAGUAUGGAUUAUUCUUUAUAUUAUUGUUGCAUUAGUAAUCACUAUAAUUAUCAUUGCUACUGUUGCCGGUGGAAAGAAAUAA